AUGUAUGUAACGAUAGAUGUUUCGCCUCCACCUUUACUCGUUACAGAAGGUGUUGUUGGAAACGAAUGGGGACGAAAAAGAAAGGAUUUUUAUGGAACAGAAUAUGUUGAUGAAGAUUGGGGAGGAAUGCGAGAUGAAGAGGUUGAGGAUGCGGAGCUUGAGGAAGAAGAUGCGACUGGCAGACAGGCUGCCCUCGACAAAGCCGCCGCUUUGACGGCUGACUUACUUGAGCAGCAAGAAUCUGCAGAUGCACCCCAAACGACGGUCAAAGAAACUGCCGUGGAAUGGAAAUUUACAUCAGUGAAGAAGCUUAAUAAGCGUACUCUAGAAAUCCUUGAAGAGUACAACAGAAGAAAAGAUUUGAUGAAGGUGGUUGUGGAACCACUAGUUCCUCUAAUAGAAGCGCUCCCACGUACAUCGAAUAUUCGUAAGCAACUUCUACUGGUGUUUGAUGUAUAUUCAAAGUGA